AUGCAAAGCAUCACAGAGGCAAAACAACUUGCUGACGCAGCCUCAAAAGUACUGCGAGUUAAAGGUGUUGAGACUUCGCGAGCGUUCUACACCUGGUUUGGAUCAAGCAACGCGAAUCCCCAAUUCGUAAACACACUCCUUGACCAGCACUACACAACCGCCUAUACACAUCUAGUACCCCCUGCCAUCCCAGUCACACUAUUAACGAAAGGACGUGCUCAGUUUGUAGUCGGCAAGGGUGACCCUCCACCGGGAAUCAACUCUCUACUAUACCUGUGUCCACCUCCAGGUGGGCUAUUCAGCGAACUUUGUGAAGAAGAUGGUAUGGCUUCCGUUACCACUGUCAAGCUUCGCAACGGCGAGCGCGCAGGGCCAACUAUACUAGCAGCAUGCCCCACAUUCUUUCACAAUAGUAUCUACACCAACGACAAAAUGGUGGCAUCGUAUAGGCAAAGUAUCGACAUAGCAGAGUACUCAAGAGGUUUCUAUUUACUUCACGAGCUUCAGCAUAUGCCGAAAGCAACAUCUCCGGAACCCCCUGCUAUUGACGUGGAUAAUCCACGUAGCAAAGGCAAGUGCUAUGGAAUACGCUGCUGUGCACUUCUUCCGCAUAAUCAAAAGAUUAAGAAUGCUCAAAACUAUGCCUUUUUCGCUCUUGAUGCAAUUGCCUACCCAGAACUAUCAGCGCCGGGAUCCGCAUAA